GCCACGCACAUCGGCCCACGACAUUACCGGUCGGCGUGUACCAGAUACAAUGUCUCUGCUUCUUGCGUGGCUGCCAUGGCUCGUCGCCUCCCUCUUCUCCAUCUACCUCCUGGAUCUCCUAGCCAACGUACGCCGCUGCCUCCCACCUGGACCCCUCCCCCUUCCACUCAUCGGCAGUCUCCACCUCGUCGGCGACCAGCCGCACCGCUCCCUCGCCCGCCUUGCCAAGAGGCACGGUCCGCUCAUGUCCCUCCGUCUGGGCGCGGUCACCACGGUGGUCGCCUCCUCCCCGGACGUCGCCCGCGAGUUCUUGCAGAAGCACGACGCCAUCUUCGCCACCCGCUUAGUAAACGACGCCAUGGGCGACCACGCCAGGGACUCCAUCCCCUGGCUUCCCCACGCGCCACGGUGGCGCUCGCUCCGCAAGAUGAUGGCCACCGAGCUCUUCGCGCCGCACCGGCUCGACGCGCUCCAGGGCCUCCGGAGCGACAAGGUGCGGGAGCUCGCCGCCCACGUCGCCCGGCUUGCGAGCGACGGUGCCGAGAUAGACGUCGGCCGCGUGGCGUUCACGACGAUGCUGAACCUCCUCUCCCGCACCAUCUUCUCGAGGGACCUGACAAGCCUGGACGACCACGGCGGGUCCAAGGAGUUCCAGGUGCUGAUGGCUGAGAUCAUGGAGUACGGGGGUUGUCCGAACGUGUCGGACUUCUUCCCGGCUCUCGCGCGGGCGGACCUGCAGGGGCUGCGCCGGCGGCUAGCGAGGAUGUUUGCGCGGCUGCACGUGGUGUUCGACGAGGAGGUGGACCGGAGGCGCGAGCAAGGGGAGUCCAGGAAGGAGAACCAGGACUUCCUCGACGUGCUGCUCGACGUCGCGGCGCGUGACGGCGGUAAGGCCGGCCUCGACCGCGACACACUGAGGGCGCUCUUCACGGAUUUGUUUAUCGCGGGCAGUGAUACAAGCUCCAUCACAGUAGAAUGGGCGAUGGUGGAGCUUCUUCGGAACCCAUCAUCAAUGACCCAAGCCCACGAGGAGAUCGCACAAGUCAUCGGAUCGAGAAGGAGCAUCGAAGAAUCUGAUAUUGAACAGUUACCGUACCUUCAAGCCGUAGUCAAGGAGACAUUCCGACUGCAUCCUCCAGCACCAUUCUUGCUACCGCGGCAAGCCCAAGAAACUAUAAGGAUUGCAGGUUACAUGGUGCCCCAAGGCGCCCGCGUGUUGGUGAAUGUGUGGGCGAUUGGACGAGACGAAGGCAUUUGGCCUAAACCAGACAAGUUCAUGCCAGAGAGGUUUAUUGGGAGGGAGGUGGACUACAAAGGUGGUGAUUUCGAGCUCCUGCCUUUCGGUGCAGGGCGGCGGAUGUGCCCCGGGGUGCCGCUGGCGACCAGGAUGGUGCACUUGGUCCUCGCAACAUUGUUAAAUCGAUUCAAGUGGAGGAUCCCCGUGGAGGUAGAAAGAGCAGGGAUUGAUAUGACCGACAAGUUUGGGGUGACGCUCACCAAAGCUAUUCCUCUUUGUGCUAUAGCUAUACCAAUUUAACUGAAAUUCUGAUAUGAUACUGUCCAUCAUGGUUCGUCUCCUAGAACUAUACCUGGCUAUAUGUCACUGCCACGUGAGGAAAAAGGAAGAUACGGGUGAGAUAAGGUCCUAAUUUCCUUUCUAGACUAUUAUCGAAUACAUCGAUCGGGUUUUUGAAGUGACUUUUUUGUUUACA